AUGCGCGUUUCUGCUCUCCUCUCCAUCCUGCCUCUGGUUGCCGCGGCACCAGCCAAGCGCGAGGAAGUCGCUCCUCUCCACGUCCCCCGCGACGUCGAGGUCAUCCCCGGAAAGUACAUUGUCAAGCUCAAGGAGGGUGUUGUUUCCAUCUCCUCCACCAUCUCCUCCAUUGAAGCCAAGCCCGACUUUGAGUACGAGGGUGGCUUCCAGGGUUUCGCUGGUGCCCUGACUGAGGCUGAGGUCCAGGCCCUCCGUGAGAGCCCCGAGGUCGAGUACGUUGAGCAGGAUGCCAUCGUAUCCAUCUCCGCCACCCAGACCGGAGCUCCAUGGGGUAUUGCCCGUCUCUCCAACACCAACACUGGUUCCACCACCUACACCUACGAUGACUCUGCUGGUGACGGCACCUGCGCCUUCAUCAUUGACACCGGCAUCUACACCUCCCACACCGACUUCGGUGGCCGUGCCUCCUUCGCCGCCAACUACGUUGACAGCAGCAGCACCGAUGGCAAUGGCCACGGCACCCACGUUGCCGGAACCGUCGGUGGAACCACCUAUGGUGUUGCCAAGAAGACCAAGCUCUACGCUGUCAAGGUCCUCGACUCUGGUGGCUCCGGUACCACCUCCGGUGUCAUUGCUGGCAUGAACUAUGUCACCAACAGCGCCAGCACCUACAGCUGCCCCAAGGGUGUCGUCGUCAACAUGUCCCUCGGUGGUGGCUACUCCGCCUCCCUCAACACCGCCGCCAACAACAUCGUCUCCGCCGGCUACUUCCUCGCCGUCGCCGCCGGUAACUCUGCCGCCAACGCUGCCAACUACUCCCCCGCCUCCGCCGCCAGCGCCUGCACCGUCGGCGCCACCACCUCCAGCGACGGCCUCGCCAGCUACUCCAACUACGGCAGCAUCGUCGACAUCCUCGCCCCCGGCUCUUCCGUCCUCUCUGCCUACAACAACGGCGGCACCGCCACCCUCUCUGGUACCUCCAUGGCCUCCCCCCACGUCGCCGGCCUCGGUGCCUACUACCUCGGUCUCGGCCGCGCCACCGCCUCCGGCCUGUGCUCCUACAUCGUCAGCACCGGCCUCACCGGCAGGAUCACCAGCGUCCCCAGCGGAACCCCCAACGUUCUCGCCCACCUUGUGUAA